AUGUAUACUGUUCCUCCAUCAGAUUUUGAGCGAUUCUGUCUCAGACUUUUGCUUUUAUAUACGCCUGGAGCUAAAAGUUUUUAUGAUCUCAGAACUGUCAAAGGCAUUGUAUAUAACUCUUUUCAUAAAACAGCAUUAAUGAGAGAAUUGUUAGAUGAUGACAAUGAAUGGGUUAAAUGUAUGAAUGAGGCGAUUCAAUGGAAAAUGCCAAGAGAGCUAAGGCAACUAUUCGCAAUGAUACUAAUUUGGGGCAACAUUAACAAUCCUUUACUACUUUGGGAUCAGUACAAAAUCCACCUUUAUGAAGAUUUAAUUCUCAAUUAUAGUGCUGAAGUCACUUUACUCCUGACUUACCAAGAUAUCGAUAAAAGAUUAAUACCAAUCUGUAAAUCUCUUAAAAAAGAUUUUAACAUAUCACUACUGAUAACCACUAAUAUACCUUCUGAUGAAGAACAUUUUGAUAAAAGCCAAGAAUACAGAACUGGGCAAAAGAUGUAUGCCCAAUCAAAUAAUGCACAGCAACAUAUAGCUGAUAAAAUUAUGGCUGUAAUUAAUGGACAAAGUAAUGAUAACAAAUGCUUCUUCAUCGAUGGCCCGGGUGGUACCAGAAAGAUAUUUCUAUACGAAACAUUGUGUUAUAUAUUAAGUGGACUUGGAAUUGAAGUUCUUACUGUGGCUUGGACAGAAAUAGCUGCAAAUUUGUUGCCGGGAGCAACUACUGUGCAUACUAACAGUAAAGAUGCUGAAAUUAUUAAAAAGGCAAAAGUUGUAAUCUGGGAUAAAGCCCCAAUGGCUUUUGGUCAAGUCUUGGAGGUAAUUGAAGCUGGGCUUCGAGACUUAAUACAAACAAAACAACUAUUUGGAGGUAAAAUAAUGAUCUUGGGCGUGAUUUCUGGCAAGUUCUGUCCACAGUUAGAAAAGCAUCAAAAACACAAAUAUCUCAAUAAAUUAGAGUUUGCCCAUUGGCUUCUUCAUCUUGGAAAUAGAACUCUUCCGAUACUUAAUGACGAAAUAGAGAUUCCACCACAAUAUAUUACAACAAAUAACUUAAUAACUAAUGUUUUUGACAAUGCUUUAAAGAAUAGAGAUGAGAAUGCAUUACUCUCUACAGUAAUUCUAUGUCUGACAAAUAAAAUAAGUCUCGAAGUUUGCAAUGAGGUUAUUCAAAAAAUGCAUAGACAAGAAAAAGUAUUUUUAAGUGUUGACAAAAUGAACCUAUCUUUAGCCACGGACAACUGUAUAUUGCCUUCUCAAGGGCAAAAAGUUUAUCAUCAGUACAGAUCAAACUUUCGUCCAGCUGCACUAGAACCAAGAAUAUCGUCUAUAAAGAAAUACUCUAAACGAUAA